UCUCUAUCUAUUGACGUUCAAUGACGGACUUAUUUCCAAACUGGCGCGGGUCGCGUCAGUGGCCGCGCCACUCUAUUUAAUUUAUCACGCGUCCGCCCACGCAGUCUACAGAGUAGAUUUCCAUCGCUUUUGGGGUUUGCUUAGUAUCACUGGCAGCCGAUACUGAGAUCACAGCGAGAUCAGUAGAUAACGCACGUUGAGUCAAUUCUCAUGGAGCCUGUUGCCUAGUCAAAAAUUGAUUGAAGGAUGCCCACGGCAUAAAAACCGAUAUCCACGACUAUUGAGGUACAUGUGAAUGCGUAUGUAAUGAUGGACUCAGAUCCGGUCCCUUCAUCAUCUCCUGCAUUUGCGACCCCCGCGCACCCUUUGCGAAAAAACAAAUCCAAUAAUCUUCCUACGAGGACGUCUAUCCUGCCUAUUUUACUUCCCCCCUCCACCCUUCGGCCCGUCGCUUUCCGUACAUUCACCCGGAAACAUAACUUGACGAUUUCAUCAUCUGCACUACAGACUUUAGCUACCUUUGUGGGCAAAAAUUGUGGGUCAGGAUGGCGCGAGGAAGGCCUUGCAGAGCGAGUGUUGGAUGAAGUGGCUAAAAGCUGGAAAAAGGCUGGAGGAGGUGUUAUUGUCGAAGAAGGCAAAGGUGCCUCGCUACAAACGAUUUUGCAAACUGUUGAAGGGAAUAUGAGCGGGGGUAGAUUUGUUGUUGGAAAGACCCCGACAACAGAUGGCGUGUCCAUGAGUACCUCUCGAAAUAUGGGGGGUACGCACCCCAAUCUACGUUUGUCCCCCUCUGCAGCGUCGACUCUAGGAGAUGGAGAACAGGGAGACUCGAACCUUUCCUUUCACCCAAGAAAUUGGAUCAAGGUAGUGGAUGCAUUUGAUAUUCCGCGUCUGACAUACAACGCCGACAAGAAGUAUUUCGAGGUUGCAAAGUCGAAGGCUUCUCUCUUUCCACAGCCCUCUCAUAAAACUGCCUUGUUCCGGGAUCGUUAUAAUGUGAUUCACCAACGCCUACUACGAAAUGAAUCGUUUCAACUGUCAUUAGGCUCUUCCAGCGUACCCUCAUUGUCGCGAUCAUCAUCGUCUUUUGCUCCUAAUAAAUGCUACAAGCUUACUCCUGUCGCAAACCUGCUAGGCAGGAGUGGUACUUCGCAUUUGUUACUCGGCAUGCUUUCUGUUUCCCCAACGGGUGAUCUGUCCCUUACCGACUUGACUGGGAGUAUCGCUUUGGAACUGAGUCAUGCACGGAUUAUACCAGAGAAUGGUGCCUGGUUUGCGCCUGGUAUGAUUGUGCUCGUCGAUGGGAUCUACGAAGAGGAAGAAACCGUGAAGGGGUCGACCUUGGGUGGGAACACCGGGGUUGGGGGUGCUAUUGGGGGUAUAUUCGUCGGAGUCUCUAUUUGUGGACCUCCCUGCGAAAGACGGGAAAUGUCACUGGGAACCAAAAGUCGACAGGCCACAGGGGAAGUGAGCACUAGUGGGGGGUUUGGCUGGGUAGACUUUCUAGGAGUCGGAAGCGAACGCGCGCGGGGAUCUCGUAUGAGACAUAUUCAAGCGAGAUGCUUACAGGACUUGCACGGAGGUGCAGAUGACUCCCGUUGCUCCAAAAUGGUAAUUAUGAGCGAGGUUAACCUUGAUCAUGUGAAGACGGUGGACGCACUGAAGCGGCUCUUCGGCUUCUACAGUGACUUGCCGCUGAGAGAACGGCCAAUUGUUUUCGUUCUAAUCGGGAACUUUGUCCAGAAGGCUAUGGUCAACGGUAGCGGUCAGGCAGGUGGUAUUGAGUACAAAGAAUACUUUGACUCGCUCGCUAUGGUGCUAUCUGAAUUCCCUUCUCUGCUACAGCAUUCUACGUUUACUUUUGUGCCAGGUGACAACGACCCCUGGCCAUCCGCCUUUUCAGCUGGUGCUGCUUCUGCUAUCCCUCGUCAGGCUGUUCCUGAACUGUUCACUUCACGGGUGAAACGUGCAUUCGCUAUGGCGAAUGCUGAGUCGGACCGAUCUCAGUCAUCCGAGCCUAUUGGUGAAGCUAUUUGGACUACGAAUCCCUCACGCAUCACCUUGUUCGGACCGCUCCAUGACAUCGCUAUAGUCCGCGAUGACAUUUCAGGGCGGCUGAGACGCAGCGCAGUGAGCAUUGGACAAGAUGCUGAUAGGUCUACAGUAAUGGAUGAAGAGAUAGAAAACCAAAGGAGCUCCGUAGCACCUGAAGGCUCCGUCGAGACCCAAACGCCACGAAUAGGAGCUGAAUCCUAUCCGGUUCCUUCUGCAGUCAAUGUGUCACGAAAGCUUGUCAAGACUAUCUUGGAUCAGGGCACCAUGUCGCCUUUCCCACUUUCGUUGCGACCCGUCUUAUGGGACUAUGCCUCUUCCUUGCAGCUGUAUCCAUUACCAUCAAGCUUUGUUCUAGCCGAUCCUGAAGCGGCGCCGUUCUGUAUGACUUAUGAAGGAUGUCAUGUAAUGAAUCCCGGGAAGCUUAUUCCAGAAGGUGAUUUGUUUUCCGUGAGGUGGAUUGAAUACGAUGCUUCCAAGAACCGAGGAAAGGUGAAAGAGAUGCACUAAUAGCCAUUGAUUAUCAGGGUGGGGGUUUAAACCACGUCCAUAACUACAUGCCACAGUUUUUCAUUUCUCGUGACAGAGCAAACCCGGGACUAUGUAAUACAUGGUAAUUAGAACUAUUUAGCGAUUCAAUUUUGAUUCAGUGCUGCGGCUGAAUAUAAUCCUUGCAUGGCUUUGUGAGCCAUAACAUAGGUUGACAAGAUCUAUCUUCUCUAGGGACGGAAAUAUGUUGGCGCCGUAUGUCAAAAACCUUGAACUCGAUGUAUUCAAGAGAUGCUAACGAGGUUUCCGAUAAACCAAUAAAAAGUUAGUCACUGGCAGUAAAAAUGCCCUUAACACGGCAAAGAAUGGAUAAUAUACAGGAAGUCUGUCAGCCAAGGUCCGAUGCGAAGAAUAACUGAUAAUGAAGCUGAAAGUAGAAAAGAAAACACAGCCCCCCGUAACUAACGCCUUGAUUCUGUGAACUCUGCCGUAAGAGCUAACAAUGCAUUAAUUUCGUUGAUCAAGCUCGUGACGGAAAUCACCUGCCAAGAUAUGGAGCCAGCAAAAAUGACUCGUACAACAUGAUCUCAAAGAAAAGAGCCGCCGGGUGAAGGGAAAUUAUGUGGACCAAAUCACUGUACACAUAGCUACAAUCGCGACGGACGUGACACAUCUAGAUACCUUAUCUGUACCUAGGAAGAAACAGAAAACCGUAAGAGGAGGGGUGGGCG